AAGAACGUGCCGAAGACGAGCGCUGACCGCGAUGAGGAGCACGCGUGUGGACGUAGUAUAACAGUACAGUAGUACACCACGUUUUCACGCUGGUCAUCGUGGAGGAUGUCGUCGAUCUGAACGACGUGCUGUCGACGGGUACGCUCGCGCAACAUGUCCCAGUGCUUUCGCACGCUACCCGGCCGGCUGUCGUCGCUCGUCAGCGGCGCCGGCGGCCGAAAACCGUCGUCGAAGCUCGACCGUAACCAGCUGCAGAAGAGCGUGGAGUCGUCCGUUUUCCUGAAGCAGUUCUUGGGCGCACAGAGAGCACUGUCCGUAAGAGCGAAUACCGCUGCGGGCAAAUCGGUACCUUUCGCGGGAUGUACAUUACCUCCAAAUGUAUCGCUGACGUAUCUUGACGUUCAUAAUCAGUGGAAUGGCAAGCUGACCAAACGGUACACUAAUGACGAGAGCAAGAGUUCGAUGUACUACUGGGUCCAGAGACCGCGCGAGCUGCGCAAGUCACAGAGGCUCGGCGUUACUCCCUUGAGAAGCAAAAAACACGCAGCUCCCAUAGGGAUCGCAGACAAUGUCAAAGUGUUUCAGGCACAAAGUGUUACAGGAAAUGAUAAGAUUAAUUCAUUUCUAGAUAAUAAUAGGAUUUCUUUAGAAAACUUACAUAAUAAUCGAGAAACGAAUAUUGACAAAAGUUUCUUAUUUACCUCUGACGAUGCGAGCACUCUAAAGACGAGCUCGCAACAGCCGUCGCCGCAAAAAAACGAGGGUAAACCAUCGCAGGAACAACUGCAAUCCAUAGUCGAUUGUCUUAGUCAAGAUUUACCAAACCUGUUUGUAAAACCUCAGAAUUAUUCGAUAUAUACCGAUGAUCUAAUUUUUAUCAACAACUUUAGAGGAGUAACGACAAGCGGACUUUCGAAUUAUGUGAAACAAUUAAUAUGGUUGAGGGUAAUUGGUCACUUAAAAUUUGCACACGUCAAAAUGGAUAUCAUAAAGAUUACCAUGCAUCCUGAAAACGACACCGUGCAGGUUCGUUGGCGCAUACGAGGUGUCUCGAGUUUGAAGGUGUUCUCCAUGUUUUGGAAGUAUAAGAUUUGGAAAAUAAAAGACGCCAUAAAUACUAAUCACGAAGUGUGGUACGACGGCUUCUCUACUUUUUACGUUAAUGCUAAUGGAAAAAUCUAUAAGCAUAUUACGGACAAGAUGAUGCCCGAUCAAGAUACAGUCACGAAAAAGGAAGAUCUGCGUAUCGCACCGAAAUUAGCACUAUUCACAGGUCUCGCAAGUAUAUUUGGUAGCGACGAGGAUUCUUUGAAUUGAGCUCCGCCUUAAAAUAGCAAUAGUUGAAGUGAAUCACUGCUCGGGUGAUGGAAAAAAAAUCAUACGAUUUUAAAUCGUCAUAAAAUCGUCACAACGAACAAAGGGCAUUUUCCACGAGUCGUUGUUGUUUCGCAUGUUGCGUAUCCAUUUCGUUGCGAAUGCACAUCGUCACGAAACGAUGAGUAGUAAAUAAGGAAUAUGUGAAUUAAAAAGAUGUAUAUUACCUAAA